UACAUGUCCCACAAGGAUUGUAAAUCGGUAUCAAUUCACGUGUCCUUUUCAAAACAACUUUCUUUGCCGAUGUCUUUUUGUUCCUGAGGUUUAUUGGGGAAGAAAGUGAUACUAUACCACUGUUUAACAGACAGAGUUGGCCUCUCCUGACUGAGCCUUUGCCUUCCAUUGGAGUGGGAGGAAUCUAAUCGUGGAGAGUCCAAGGCAAUGAUUUUCAAGUGAAGCCAGUCAAUCAGAAGAGGUCAUGGAGGAUGAUGGGAAACCUCUGCUGGGUUCAAUUCAAGCAGGAGAUUACUACUCAGACCAGCCAGACUUUCUGGACCCCAGACAAAGAAGGCCUUUCCAUGUGGAGCCGAGGAACAUCGUGGAGGACUCGGCUCAGGAGCGAGUGUCUGCUGAGGCUUCAGUGCUGAACAGCAGAGUUCAUUACUAUGGUCGCCUGACUGCAUCAUCAGACAGGCUGCUGGUUCCCCCUGACCAUGUGAUCCUUCCACCUGAGGAGAUCUACAUUUACAGCCCACUGGGCACAGCGUUUAAAGUGCAAGGAGGAGAGGGCACUCCCAAAAACCCUAGUAUUGUCACUAUUUUUGCUAUCUGGAAUACGAUGAUGGGAACAUCCAUACUGAGCAUGCCAUGGGGAAUAAAGCAGUCUGGGUUCACACUAGGAGUCAUCAUCCUCAUCUUAAUGGGCUUACUCACGCUCUACUGUUGUUAUAGAAUUCUGAAGUCCACUAAAUCAAUACCUUAUAUAGAUACCUCAGACUGGGAGUUCCCUGAUGUGUGUAAAUAUUACUUCGGGAGAUUGGGACAGUGGUUGAGUCUGUUAUUUUCCAUGGUAUCACUGAUUGGGGCAAUGGUGGUCUACUGGGUGCUUAUGUCCAACUUCCUGUUUAACACAGGCAAAUUCAUCUACAACUAUGUUCACCACGUAAAUGUGUCUGAUUCAGAGUUUGGCACAAAUGGAACGGAGAGAGUGGUUUGUCCAUACCCAGAUGUGGAUCCAGAUAAGAAUAGCAGCAUUAGCCUGCAUUAUGGCAGUGAUAACAGUACAAAUACAGCAUUGUUUGACCAGUGGUGGAAUAAAACCCACACUAUUCCUUUCUACCUUAUUGUGCUGCUUCUGCCGCUGCUCAACUUCCGCUCGGCCUCCUUCUUCGCCAGGUUCACCUUUCUAGGCACUGUUUCAGUGAUCUACCUCAUCAUCUUGGUCACCCUUAAAGCUUUUCGGCUAGGCUUUCACCUGGAGUUCCAUUGGUUCGAUUCCACCGAUUUUUUUGUCCCAGAGUUCAGAAUAUGGUGUCCUCAACUCACUGGUGUUCUCACUCUGGCCUACUUUAUCCACAACUGCAUCAUCACCCUCAUGAAGAGCAACAAGAAUCAGGAGAACAACGUUCGGGAUUUGUCCUUGGCUUACCUUUUAGUAGGUCUAACAUACCUCUACGUGGGAGUUAUGAUCUUUGCUUCCUUUCCUUCUCCGCCACUGUCUAAAGACUGUAUUGAACCAAACUUUCUGGAUAACUUUCCCAGCAGUGAUAUUAUGGUGUUUGUGGCUCGAGCCUGUCUGCUGUUCCAAAUGACCACCGUCUACCCGCUUCUGGGUUACCUGGUUCGGGUGCAGCUGAUGGGCCACAUCUUUGGUAAACAAUACCCCAGUUUUUUCCAUGUCUUCUUUCUGAACAUCUUCAUUGUGGGUGUUGGAGUUCUGAUGGCCAGGUUUUAUCCCAACAUUGGUUCCAUUAUCAGGUACUCGGGGGCGACAUGUGGUUUGGCUCUGGUGUUUGUCUUCCCCUCAGCUAUCCAUCUGAAGGCCCUGAGACGUAGCGGUGAAUUGCGCUGGCCCUCUGCUUGCUUCCACAUCUUCCUCAUCGUGCUCGGAGUGGCCAACCUCCUGGCCCAGUUUUUCAUGUAGUACCAUCCCAUUGUUCUCUGGCACACGUUUUCACUGUUGUAGUUCUGGUUUUGGCACUAGGUGGCGAUAUUGUAGUUCUUGUAAUGCAUUUUGAAGUAAUAAAGUCAAGGCACAGGGAUGAUUUUGGCAAGGAAAUCCACCUGCUUUGGCAAAAAUCACCUUUGUUUAAAAUUAAGCCCUGUAAAGAAAUGUUACUGAUUGAAAAUCAACCAUCAGCACAGUUGUGUUAGCAUUUGGACUAUAAGGAAUCUCUUUAGUUCUUAUUUUAAUUUAAAAUAAGUUAAAAGCUGCCAAGGAAGUUUGAAGUAUCAUUCUUCCACGUACUUCCAGUGUACUUCAGGCAGGUGACUAUAAUCCAUUUGAGGGCUUACACACUUGUAUUUCUACUGCACUGUUUCAAAUUCUGCAUUAGUUUACAGUUUUUUUUAAGCAGAUUUGUACAAUGUCUUAUGCAUAUCUCUAAAUUCACACUUUCAAGCUGUGAACUGAACAGAAUAUUCAGGUCACACACUGACGGUUUUAUUUUUCUACUCAUUUUAGGUAUUUGUACAUUCAGCUUUUUCUGAACCAUGUACUGAACAAGUUCCACCCUUGACACCCUUCAUAAAAAUGAGCAAAAAUGAUUACUUACAAUGAUCACUUACAUGUAUAUAUAUGUAUAUAUAUAUUAUAGCUCUCCUUUCCCAGGAACCUUCAACUAUGACCUGUUUCCCUUGAGUGUAAAUAAGAGCUUGCAAAGAUGUAAAAUCCUUUUGUCAUCCAGUACUGUGGGAAAAACCAAACAUUCACAACAACAAGCUGUUUGGAAGCAUUGGAAAAGCACCUGAUACACACUGUACGAUAUAGAGGUGCAUCAUUAAUGCUCCACAGCUGUUGUGAAGAUAACAUCAUCAAUUCUGCUAUGUACCAGGAUAUAUCAGCCCAGUAAGUUGGAAGAGGAGAAGUCUAUAUAUAUGUACAUAAAGAUGGACCAAGAUCUUUUACACAAGCCUCUAACUUUGUUAGACAUUGCAGGAAUAAACUGUAAAGCUGUUAUCCUUUAGACAGCAGGUGUCACAAGAUAUUAAUUGUAAGGGCUCUGAUAAUUUUGACAUCACUCUUUUGUGUGGGGAAAAAAAUGCACUGCUUUUUGUAUCUAAUGUAACUAUUAAAAAAAAAAAAAACCUUACAGCCGGUUAUUGUUUUCAUAUAUAAAAAUUUGCCCAUUUUCAAGAAGGGUGCCAAUAUUUCUGAACCUAGUAUUAACCUAUCAAGCUUUACUAUUACAGUGCUAUUACUAUUACAACAGUGUAUUGCAUUGUGAAAUUAUUUGAUGGUAAUAUAUUGAAGAAUGGAUGAAGAAAGGGAUAUAAAUGACCGGCGUGUAAGAGCUGUGAUGCUUUAGGAGUGUGUGUGCUGAUCUCACUAGUCUCUUGAUUUAUUUGAAGAUGCUCAUGUUCCUCUCUGAUUAAUACACUGAAUCAUCAAUGUUAUAGCAUUAGAAAUUCACGAGUGUCUUAAAUGAUCAAGCUAGAGCUGUAUGACGCUGACAUUUUUCUGGGUUGCAGAGUUUUAAUUUGCACGUCAGAUGAAAAUUCAAAGCUUCAAUUGUGUGAAAAUCGUGUGUAACUUUUUGGUUGGCAAGCCAUAUGCUCUUGCAUGCAUUUUUAAUAAAUUGUAAAACUUGUA